AUGGAGAAUUUGAAUUUGAAGAGUAGUAGGGUUCAACUGUUGUUCAACAAAAAUUUGAUUGCGGCUCAAGAAAUCCAACCAUUCUCACUGACCAAAACCGAGGCAAGGUUAGAGCCCAUCCAUCUCAUCUCUCUUAUUCCCAAUAGUCUUCCUGUGAAAGAUGAGAUGGAGCUUCAGAGACAGGUGGAGAACAACAAGGUGGUAUAUGAGGUUGAAGGAACUUUCAAAGUCAAAGCUUACUUUGGGUUCCUUCACUUCUCAUCUACUUUGGUAGGGCGUUGUGUCAUUGAGAUGGUCAGUCCUCCAACCCGGAGUACUCCUUUCUAUUUGAACCUUGUGGUUUUAUGUAUGUUUGAUAUUUGA